AUGAACUGGGUGCUCGAAAGUUUGUUGUGUCCGACGUCGCUCGGUUGUAUACCGUACGUUCGUGCUCUGGAGUUCAUGCCUACAGGGGAGUGUUCAGCAUCCGCGAAUCGAGUCACUGAAGGUUACAACAAGAAAUUGAAGAGGAUGGUCGAAAAGAUGAACCAGGAGAUGGGUCCAGAGAGCAAAUUUGUGUACGUAAAUACGAAGGAGUUUGGCAGCGCCGAAGCAGAGGAAGGAACCCGAAGCAAUGGAAAGAACGACGACCUAGGAGGUAGUAGUAGUACGAAGCCGGAAGGUGGUUUGAUUCAGAAGUUGAGUGAGGAGGCUUCGACCGUCGCCACAAAGAUUCUUAUGAGGCAUGCUUCUGACGGGCUGCCACGCGGGAGGUACUGGAAGACUUUUCAAAGGGCUAAGUAUAGGCACCGGGAAAGAGUGGGGGGUUGA